AGAACGAACACGGUCAGGUUCAGGUCCUAGUCCUAGUCGGUACUCGUGUUAUAAAGACUACCGCCAAGGGCAAUAGUGUGUGUGCUGUUGCUGUGCUGUAGCUGCAGCUGCGCAGAGAGAAAGGGACUCGGGAGAGGUUGGGCUGUCGUACUGCUGCAGUCAGUGCAGUGUGCAUGCUGUACUGUACACCCAACACCUGUAGCCUGCCUGUAGUGCUUGUACUACUGCCGCUGUACUAGGUACUUUCAGCUUGUCGUCCACGACAUCAUCGUCACUCACCAAAUCCUCCACGCGACUUUCUCCUCCAAUGGCCUCCAUACCAACAAGCCCCAAUGCGCCUUCGCGCCCUCGGGAGAGCUACGUCCUUUCGGUACAACGGGAACCCCUCGACUGUUCUGUUCCUGCGCCACUUGACAGCCCUCCGCCAUCCCGCCCACCAUCUAGCGGUAGAGGUGGCAGCAGCCAGAACAACAGGCCUCGCUUAUCACGCCCACCCACGCCGGGCGGUGGUCCCUUGUCUUCCCACCCGGCCCACGAUUGGACUACUUCACCAGGCACCUGGCCGCCCACUCCCGAAGCUGAGAGAGCAAGCUUCCAUAAGACCUCCUCCAUCGACACCAACGGCAUCAGCACAUCCAUCGCAGCAGACAGUCUGCACUCACCACUCACACCACUCACACCAUCCACCACCACUGCUGCUGCCCCGCCCAUCAUGGAACACUCGCACAGCUAUCAGCAGCGAGCCCCCGUACGUCGCCUGUUCAGUCUGACCAGCUUGCGACAAUCCUUCAGCAGCUCCCGCGCCUCUCUCAGCCUGAGACCCGACACUUCACAUGGCAACUACCAAGCAGCAGUAGCAGGAGGAAGAGCUGCACCACCACCACCACCAUCCUCCUCCUCCUACCAACACAUCUUCUCUUCCUCCUCUUCCUCCUACCGUGCCCAAUCACCCAGUCUCAUGUCCACCGCAACCUCCUGCAUGGCCCCACCACCCUCCUCCCGCUUCUCCCACGAGCCCCAUCCACGCCCCUCCACCGCCUCCGCAGCAACAGCGACCACUUCCACUUCCGCUCUACUGCGCAAGAAGCGUUCGAGCACAUGGUUCAAUUCCGUCAAACGCAAAAGCCAAAUCUUCGGCAUGCCCACUGCCGCCGAAGACGCGGGAAAUUUGGAUGUCCUCGACGAAAAUGGUCCCGAGCAUAAGAGAUUCAAGGAUCAUCCUAUGCCUACUUUGCCGGAAAUUGAUGCGUUGAGUGGAGGCAGUUUGGAGGGUGGGAGUUUGGGGUGGGAUGAUCAGUUGUUUAAGAGGAGUUGAGUUGGGUGUGGACUUGUUCAUGAAUGAAUGAAUGAUUCAAUCAAUUCGAAACAUUGAUGCUUUCACGCUUGGACUGGGAUUGAAAGUGGGUCAAGAUUUGCGAGGAAGAAGAAGAACAAAAAAGGAAAUGAGGAAUGAAAUGGAAUGGAAUGAAACAGUCUGGGACGGGAUGCCGCUGUACUAUGAGACGCGAGAGAGAGAGAGAGAGAGAGAGAGAAGAACCUUUCCUUGGAGUUUCGUUGGUGGUGGUGGUGAUGGUGGUGGCCCGGCGUUCAUGGUUGCUUUUUUUUUCUUUCCUUUUCGGGUCGGAACGAUGUGAUACCAUUGGGCGCGUCUGCGCCCGCUCGCGAGAGUGAGAGUGAGAGCAACAGCGAGCGAGAGCGGAGAAGAAGGGAAGGGAAGCCUCUCUGUCUAUUUCUCCCCCUCUCUUGCUUCUUUUUUACUUCUUUUUUUCUUUCUUUUUGUUUCAGCUCGGUGUGUGAUGCGCGCGCGCACUAGGUACUACCGGUGUACAGCUAUGAGAUGAUACCCCCC